AUGGCGCGCACCCUCUUCUGCCUGCUGAAUAUCGUUGCCAAGUUAUGCUUCUUCAUCCAUCAUGCAAUUGCAAGGAAUACGGGAUUCACCAUUGAUCUAAUCCGCCGAGACUCCCCUAAUUCUCCGUUCUAUGACCCGAAGAAUACUCUGAUUCCUGAGCGCUCAAGGCGGCACCCUCACCUAGGACCGAAUGGAGAUCACUUCAUCAUCAAGGCCCCGUCAUUGAACGUAAAGAUUCCUCAGUCUCAUAUAUUUCCUAACAAUGGACAGUACGUGAUGAAGCUUGGCCUAGGUUCCCCUCCAGUCGAUAUAUAUGCCCUAGCGGACACGGGGAGUGACCUGUUCUGGACACAGUGCCUUCCCUGCGACAGUUGUUACCAGCAGAAGAAUCCCAAAUAUGACCCUAGAGCAUCCGCGACGUACAAAGACAUCCAAUGCCAGUCCCAACAAUGCCAUCUACUGGACACAGUCUUUUGCUCGGCCCGACCAGCCAUUCCGAACUUGUGCAACUACACCUACGGUUAUGCGAGCGCUUCCUUAACGCAGGGCUUUCUCGCUACAGAAAAGAUCACCCUGACUUCUAACACAGGUCAGCCCGUUUCCAUACCGAAUAUUGUGUUUGGAUGCGGGCACAAUAAUACAGGAGGCUUCAACGAGAAUGAGAUGGGCUUAAUCGGGCUUGGGAAGGGGCCCAUCUCUUUCAUCUCGCAGAUGGGGUCCGCCUUCGGCGCCAGGAGGUUCUCCCAGUGUUUAGUCCCGUUCCACACUGACCCUAGCAUCUCGAGCAAAAUGAGCUUUGGGGUUGGGAGUGAGGUUAAGGGCCCCGGAGUGGUCUCAACUCCUAUGGUACAUUUGCAGGAUCCGACCUACUACUUCGCGACAUUAUAUGGCAUCAGCGUCGGUGACAAGUACCUUCCGUUCAACUCUUCUGGGACAGUCUCCAAAGGGAACAUGUUUUUGGACUCAGGGACGCCUCCUACGAUUGUCCCCACUGAUUUCUACAACCGAUUGGAGUCGGAAGUGAGGAGCCAAGUAAAGUUGACCCCAAUCGAUGACCCGCAGCUCAGGCCACAGCUCUGCUAUGGGAAUGAUAUUCAAGCUCAAGGGCCUAUUCUGACAGCACAUUUCGACCAGAAUGCAGACUUAAAAUUGACACAAAAGAGCAUAUUCAUCGAGGCAAAGCCCGGGAUUUUUUGCUUCGCUAUGGUGCCAACCAAUAGCAGUGGCGGUAUAUACGGCAACUUUGUUCAGACGGAUUACUUGAUUGGGUUCGAUAUAGAUAAGAGUGUGAUCUCUUUCAAGCAGACUGUCAGCUUCGACGAACAGUCCAUCGAGUCGACCUGCGGAUGCUAUGCUCGGCCUCUUCGACAAAGUCCGUCAGCACACGAGGAUCCCACCGAGUCUUCGCAAACCAAGACCAGCACACCUGCUAGGACAUUCCCCACUUCAGGCACAGCCACCAUGGUCGACCUCACCAACAACAUGAUUGAUCACCUUCGCCGGUAA